GGCUGGAACAAAUUCGUCGCCAAGACGAUAUCCACCAACGGGCUUGCAGCUGAUGACAUCGCGGAGGGCAAACAUGAGCCACCUUGUUGGCCCACCACUGCGUACUCUCAGCAUUCCCUGACCUCGGAAGGGUUGCUUUAAUUGCCCACGAAUUGGCCCGCCUACCACGGCGCGAACAUUACGCAUCGCCCAAGACGCGAUGGGAACUCUGAACUUCCUUUCGAGCGUUUAUCGCCUGGAAAAUCUCGACACGCGCUUUGUCACAUCAUCAACCACCCCGUACAAGGUGCACGCUGACGGAGCUGCACCGCGAAAGGGACGCGACGGUGCCGAGACCCGCGCCCAGCCGUCAAGAUGGAAUACACUGGAGUUCUACGGCUACUACCUAUUUCUCUUCUUCCUGAUACCGUAUAUGUUUUGGGUCGCAUAUGAUGUUUCGAGGCCUUCUGACCCGAGGUAUUCCAAAUAUGCGCACCUGCUGGUCCCCGGUUGGAUACCCGGGCGGAUGGUGGAUGCCUCGGAUCCCCAAUAUCAUACCUUUAGAGCCAAUCUACCGGCCAUGACGGCACUGCUGGUUCUCCAUCCGCUCUCUCGGCGCGCAUGGAACGCCAUGUUCCCGCUGCCUUCAAACACAAAGUCGCUGUCGGAAAUGGCAGAUGAGAGAUUGAGACAGCGGGUUUCUUUCGACUUUGCGUUUGCCCUCGUAUUCCUUGUGAUUCUCCAUGGGUUCUCCGCGGCAAAAGUCCUCCUGAUUCUUUACGCCAACUAUAACAUCGCUAUGCGCACGCCUAAAAACCUCCUCCCAGCGACCACGUGGGCCUUCAACAUUUGCACACUCUUCGCCAACGAGCUCUGCCAAGGCUACAAGUUCAAAAGGAUGGCGCUCCUUGUCGCCGGGUCCUCCACCGCUGCGGGGAAUGGUAGCGGGCCGUUGCUUGUCAGCUGUGGAGAGUGGCUUGACAGCUGGGGCGGCAUCAUGUCUCGCUGGGAGAUAUUGUUCAACAUCACAGUGCUGCGUCUGAUCAGCUUCAACCUGGACUUCUAUUGGAGUCUGGAUCAGAGGAGUCUGAGCCCAGUCGAGAAACAGCUUGAUGUGGCCAACCUGUCGGAGAAGGAGCGUGUAUCCACGCCCUCGCAGCCGUCGGACUUUUCGUUCCGAAACUACGUCGCGUAUGCCGUUUACGCACCCUUGUAUCUUGCCGGACCUAUCCUCACGUUCAACGACUAUAUAUCUCAGCAGCGGUAUCGGGGCGUUGGUAUCGAGACGUCGCGCACAGUCCGCUAUGGUAUACGGUUCUUGCUGGCACUUCUAGCCAUGGAAGUGGUGCUCCACUUUGACUAUGUCGGCGCCAUCAGUCAGGCGAGCCCCGUCUGGGCCAGCUACACGGUGGCACAGCUAAGUCUGCUAUCGUACUUCAACCUCCACCUGAUUUGGUUGAAGCUGCUCCUCGCCUGGCGUUUCUUCAGGCUCUGGGCACUCCUCGACGGCGUCGAUCCGCCCGAGAACAUCGUCCGCUGUGUUAGCAAUAACUACAGCACCUUGUCCUUCUGGCGCGCCUGGCACCGCUCAUACAACCGCUGGUUGGUACGCUACAUGUUUGUCCCAUUGGGCGGCGCCGACUUCCGGUCGAGGAAAGGAGCCGCACGGUCCAUACUCAACUACAUCGUCAUCUUCACUUUCGUGGCUCUUUGGCAUGACAUCCAGCUCAGACUCUUGAUCUGGGGCUGGCUGAUUGUCCUCUUCUUUAUCCCCGAGGUGGUUGCUGGCUAUUUGUUUCCCCGUCGGAAGUGGGAGAAUCACCCAAUCGCAUAUCGCAUGCUCUCCUGCAGCGGUGCAGUCCUCAACGUCCUCAUGAUGAUUUCGGCGAAUCUGGUCGGUUUCGCGGUCGGUCUUGAUGGUUUGGAGGCUAUAAUCCACGGCAUUGUCCACGACUUUUCUGGCUUCGUAUUCCUCGCCGGCGCAUGCCUCUCUUUCUUUGUUGGCAUCCAGGUCAUGUUCGAAAUCAGGGAGUCAGAACUCAGGCGUGGCAUCUCUUUGAGAUGCUGAUAGUCCCGUUGUGAUUAUUGCUGUGGUAAUUACGUGUACCAAGGUACGUUCUAACGGUACCCGAAGGUUCACUGUCAAGGGAAAUUCGAAUAGUAGAGCUCAUGAAUAGAACCCGACAUCGGGAAAGUACAAGAACAAGCAGGAGGGUAGGAAAAAAAGGAACCUCGCAUCUAAACGGAUACAUA